AGUAGUUGUCUUAAUGGUCCAGUCAUUCAAGCAAAUGAUCAAUGUGGAACUGGGACCGGAUCUAAGAAAACCUUAUGUACAGGAGUUACAUAUAUUGAGAAACUUGAGCCAUAUCUUCAACCAAUAUUGGACGUCGCGGCAAUUGCGCAACAAAUAACAUUUCUGUCUAAAGAGUUGCCCCACAAUAGCAACAAGAAGAACAUCAACACAAAUGUUGUGCGGCCCGCAGACACAUUGCCCAACAGCUGGUUAUCAAUAAUAAUUCUUUUUGGCCGGUUCCAUAAGAACAACCAACCACUAAGCACCACCCUGUGGCGACAGCACUCACUGUGCCAUUUUGGAUAACAUUGGAAAGUCAACACCCACACACUCCACACACACUCCACCCACACACCAUACACACUCACAAACAUAACUCAAAACGAUGUUGGAUCGAUGUGAAAUGCCGAUACAAUUGGACAACGAGAAGCUGCGACGCGAUGUGCGUCUGUCCGGCUCGCGGCUGGACUUGCCACAGCUGUGCAAUGUGGGCCGUCGCCUUGACGGACACAUGAACAGCAACGGCAACGGCAACAGCAACAGUAUCAACAACAACAACAACAACAACGAGAUAACAACAACAUCAAUAACUACUCAAAAUGUAAAUGGCAGCAACAACAAUCUGGGCUCUCCGGUCUCCUGCUCGACCACAAACAGCGGCAGCGGCAACGAGCGCGGCUCCUCGACCAAAUCGAACAGCAGCAGCGGCAGCGGCAGCUCCGGCAACUCGGCAAGCAGCACAGGCAGCGCCGAGCUCAAGUGCAACACGCCCAUGACACCAUCAGAGCUUGUUAAAAAAUAUCGCAAUUAUUUGACUGAUCUGGAAUUUGAGGAGCUGAAGGUGUACAAAGAGGUCUGGUAUUUCGGCCAGCAUGCCAGCAAGAAUUACAAUAAGCCCGCCCCCACAGCCAAUACCACAAAUUUGGGCUAUGAUGAUGACAAUGGCAAUUACAAGAUCAUUGAACACGAUCAUAUAGCCUUCCGCUACGAGAUAUUGGAGGUGAUCGGCAAGGGCAGCUUUGGUCAGGUGAUCAGAGCACUCGAUCACAAGACCAACACGCAUGUGGCCAUCAAGAUCAUAAGGAAUAAGAAGCGCUUCCUCAACCAGGCGGUCGUUGAGCUCAACAUAUUGGACGAGCUGCGCGAAAAGGAUGCAGAUGGAUCUCAUAAUGUUAUACAUAUGCUUGACUAUACAUAUUUCCGUAGACAUUUGUGCAUCACCUUCGAGCUAAUGAGUCUCAAUCUGUACGAGCUGAUCAAGAAGAAUAAUUACAAUGGUUUCAGCAUGAGUCUCAUACGACGCUUCUGCAAUUCGAUUGUGAAGUGCCUGCGUUUGCUCUACAAGGAGAAUAUCAUACACUGUGAUCUCAAGCCGGAAAACAUUUUGCUGAAACAACGCGGCAGCAGCUCGAUUAAAGUCAUCGAUUUUGGCAGCUCGUGUUAUGUGGAUCGCAAAAUCUAUACCUAUAUACAAUCGAGAUUCUAUCGCUCCCCGGAGGUGAUACUGGGUCUCCAAUAUGGCACCGCCAUUGACAUGUGGAGUUUGGGCUGCAUUUUGGCCGAGCUGUACACGGGCUUUCCGCUAUUCCCCGGCGAGAACGAGGUAGAGCAACUGGCCUGCAUUAUGGAGGUGCUGGGUCUGCCCCCCAAGGUGCUCAUUUCGGUGGCGCGUCGCCGUCGUCUGUUCUUCGAUUCGCGUGAUGCGCCACGCUGCAUAACCAAUACGAAGGGGCGAAAGCGUUCGCCUGGCAGCAAAUCCCUUUCACAGAUUCUGCACUGCCAGGAUCGGUAUUUCAUAGACUUUUUGCAGCGCUGUCUGGAAUGGGAUCCUGCGGAGCGCAUGACGCCCGAUGAGGCGGCCCAUCAUGAGUUCCUGCAGCCAUCCGCAUCGAGUCGCCAUCGCAGCUGCCGCAUGUCCACAAGCUCAUCGAGCUCGGGUCUGAACAGCGUCUCCCAGAAGUCCUCCUGCUACAAUUUUGCAGAGAUCUCGCCCGGCAAUGGGCCAGUUGUUGCAUCUAUCACGAGCACCACAGCCGUCAGCAAUGCGGCCAUUACGACCAAGUCAAACAGUUCACGCCAGCCUCAUGCCCAUGCCCACGCUCACGCCCAGUCGAAUGGACACCUGCCCGACAUCAAGCUCAGCGCCAGCGACAAAUACAACAGCAUGCAGAAGGUCGCGGUGCGUUCGAAGAUCACGUCAAGCGUCUCCGAUCUGGAGUCGGUGCAGCAGUAUUCGCUGCAUCGCAUCUACGGCGGCGUUGGCAGCGGCAGCACCCAUCAUGUCUCCUCGGCGGCCACCAGGAAGCAUCUGAAUGGCAACACGGGCGGCAAUGCCACCAACAACACUAUCGGCAGCAGCAGCAAAUACGGCAGCACCACGCUGGCGCACAACCACCACAAUGUGACGCAUCACAAUGCUUCCACGGCGACUAUUGCCACGGCCACGCAUAAUCAUCAUCAUCAUCAUAACCAUAUCGUUGGCGUUGGCGGGCAGACGGGGGCCGUCGGCGCUACAAAUGUGGCCAUGGCACAUUCACAGUCGACCGGCGAUGUCUCGGACCGGGCAAUCUUUGGGCGUGCUUGACUUCGGGCGCGGCCCACCAAGCUGGAGCUCAAGAAGUGCAAGCUGGUUAAUAUGAUGGACUUCUGGAGCUAGAAGUGGCGUCCACAGCAUUGCGCUGCCCUGCGGGAGGAAUAGCUGCCGCCGCUGUUGCUGCCGGCUGCUCCAACCUAAAUCUAGCUAUAACUGUUAUAUAAGCUAUACAUAUAUAUAUGUGUGUAGGUCUAAAGCGUUUCUAUAUGUAUUGUGUAUUGAGUGUGUCUCUUUCCGGUUGCAAAAAAACACGAAAUAUAUACAUAUAUAGUUUUAUGUAGCCGAUAUAUAAUUCUAGAUUGUGUAUGUGCGCCCGCAACACACCCAAAAACACACAUACACAUACACACACACACUUGCAACACUCUUGCAGUAUUCUCAGUUAUUUUCUCUGAUUUUUUUUGCUACUGCCAUAGCUAAAUAUACAUAUAUAUCAUUAUAUAUGAUUGUAUUCCCUAAAUGUAUUUGUUUCCCUAAAGUAUUCGCUAAUCCACAACUUUUGCCCUCCAUUGUGCAAGCAUAAAUUCAAACGUUUUUUAACACUGUUUCAUCUGCAUGCAUGCAAAACCUGUAUUCAACACGAACAAAUGAUAAAUAACAAUAAUAAUAAUAAUAAUAUAAUAAACCUCCCAGCUCAAACGGAACAACAUAACCUAGUUAUAUAAGAAAUUUAACGAUAUAUUAUAUCGUAUACUCAAAAAAAAAUCUGUAACAAUUUCAUACAGCUUCCAUGUCUUUAGCAACAGUAUCAAGGCUGUUAUUAGUUACAAAUAUAUACAUUAAUAUGUAUAUUGUAACUAUGAUCAAUAAGUUUCGGACAUAGGUUGGAAUGUUUCACAAUCUAUUUAAAGCUCAAAUAUAUAACUUUUUCACUACUAAAACUUCACUGCUAGGGAACCUCAUAGACCCACCAAAUUAUCAAAUCGAAACUACCCUAGUUAACUAUAUAAAUAUAUAUAGGUAUAGCCUCUGAUAAACUGAAACAUUCUAGCCCGGAACACACUUGAUUAGGUUCUAUAAAUUGAGCGUAAAGUUUGACAACAAGUUAAAUGUAAGUUUGUAUUUUGCAUGAGAGAAUAAAUAAACGGAACUGUUCAAGAUUUCGAUACCUCGACUUCGCGAAUUUGUAAGGGAUAUUGAAAGCCAGAACAGAGCCGUUUAAUUGAAUAUGCCCAAAACACUCACACAGUGCAAGUAACAUGUCAUAAUAUAUAAAGAUUAUACACAUAUUUAAUAAACUAUAUAUUACGUAAUUAUUGAAUAGAAAGGAAAACAACAACAAUUUACGGCCAAUACCACACAAAGCAUGUGUAAGAAAUAUAACUUUAAAUUCUAUGUAAAUCGUAUUAAUGGAAGAAAAAAAACAAACAAAAUGUGAACAAAAAUAAAUACAAUUUAAAUAUAA